CCUUGAGAUUCCCAGAUAAAAGAUAGAAUAUUAAUGCAAAGUAGUAGUGUUAUUUUAAAAGUGUUGAUGAAUGGGUUAGUCUGUACAUUAAUAAAACAAGACCGUGAGAAAAGUGUUUUUUUUUAAACAGCAUGUCAACAUAUUACUACUGUAAUAAGAGCACUACUCUAGUUAAUCCAUGCUGUCAUUUUAUUAGGGAUCAGUUGCGUCCUUUUGCUUGUCCAUGCAGAUUUGUUUCCAGUAUUACAAGCCAGUACGCAUAAAGGAGUCUUGCUCCAAGUUUGUUGUCCUUGUUACUAUUUACCCUGUUGUCAAAAACUAGUGACUCAGGAUUCCUUGAAAUGAUUACAACCUUACUUUCAUAUCUGGACACAACUUGCAAAAUAAUCAAUUACAUUGUUUCUGCUGCCAUAUGAAAGCAUUUGUUUAUGCAGGAAGUGUUUUUUAGUUUACGUCAGUACAAUCCUGUGCUCUACAUACACAAUUAGUGUUGCAUUAGUUGGACAAUUCCCAAGUUCUAAGUAAAUUCUUUACCAGCUGCAGAGCUGUAGGUGACUGAAGCCAGUCAUGAGGCAGUAUUAUUACGAGGGAGGUGGGUUCACUGUUUAAGGCUGUCAUUUAUCAGAACCAUAAUUUUUUUAUUAACGUACUCAUAAUUUUUUUCUAUUUUGAGCUGCUUAGUAUGCAAACCUCAUUAAAGCAUGAACUGUGUUGUGUUUUAAGAAUCAGUUGCUUUUCUGGUCUAACUAAAAAAAAGGAACACCUUCUUUCUAUUUAAAUCAUGUAAAUAGUUGAGGUUCAUGCUGUAGCUAAGCUGAUUCUUUCUCCAUUUUAAAAAUAGAAAAUGCUAGAGCUAUCCUUCCCUUCCCCCACUGUGCACUCACUGUGGAUUUCAGUGUUGUAGCCUUCUACAGUAAGUACAACAAGAUCCUUUGUGAAAAUCUGAAGGGGGGGAAAGUAGCUACAAAUCCAUCCGUGGAUGUUCCUCUGACUAGAACACCUGCACUAAUGAUACACAGACUUUGCAGGAGAAAAAAAUAACAAAUGAUGAUCACAAGUACUGCUAUUCAGAGGAGCUGCACUAACCAGAAUCUCCUAAAAAGAAGCCUAGAAAGUAUAGGGGAGUGUCCUGCAAAACGAAAAGCUUGCUGGGGUAUUCUGACCAGCCAAGGUUCUUGGGCAGAUCGUUCACCACUGCAUGAGGCAGCCAGUCAAGGACGUCUCCUUUCUCUAAAAACUUUAUUGUCACAGGUAAUGCCCAUGUGGUUCUUAAAACAUUUUCCUUUUUUAUCUUAUUUAAUGACAACCCAGAAAAAGGGUUACAAUGUGGAUACUCUGACAAUUGACCAAGUCACUCCACUACAUGAAGCCUGCCUGGGAGAUCAUGUAGGGUGUGCAAGAAUCCUUCUUGAAGCAGGGGCAAAUGUAAAUGCUACAACAAUUGAUGGAGUGACCCCAUUAUUUAAUGCAUGUUCAAGAGGCAGUGCAUCUUGUGCAGAGCUUUUGUUGGAGUAUGGUGCCAAAGCUCAAUGGGAGUCAUGUCUCCCUUCACCGACUCACGAAGCAGCCAGUAGAGGUCACAGUGAAUGUCUGGAAGUGCUGAUCUCCUGGGGCAUAGAUGUUGACCAAGACAUUCCUCAUCUGGGAACACCUCUAUAUGUAGCUUGUGUUUCACAGCAGAUCCAUUGCAUUCGAAAACUUCUUUAUGCAGGAGCUAAUGUACAGAAAGGAAAGUAUUUGGACACGCCACUACAUGCAGCAGCUCAGCAACCCAGUACAGAGAUAGUAAAUUUACUUCUUGAAUUUGGGGCAGACAUUAAUGCCAAGAAUACAGAUUUUGAACGGCCUGUAGAUUUAGCUGCCCCAAGCAGUUUGGUGGAGAGAAUGUUGCUUCUGCAUGAAGCUACUCCGUGCUCUCUUUGCCAACUCUGCCGACUAUGUAUCCGAAAUUGCAUAGGAAGAGCAAGACUGCAUCUUAUCCCCCAACUUCAGUUGCCAACAAUAUUGAAGGAUUUUUUACAGUAUAGAUAAAAUAGUGGCUAACCUUUAGAAACUUGAACAAGUACUGUUUUGUCUGUAUACUGAAUGUUCACAUGAAGAACUUCUGAGGAAAUAGUCUUUUACAUAUUACUAUACUAAGUCUUUGACACCAGGAGUCGUGAUGUAACAAUAUUUGGGAGCCCUUGAACGACUCGGUGCCAAGGUGCUAAUACAACUGAGUAAAAUGAAGUGUGCUAAUACUCUGGGAAAUGAUUGUAUAGCUAGCUUUAGCUUAACACUUACUAAUUAGCUAUUUUGCUGAUAAAGUUAAUUAAUUGUAUUUGUACGUUAUAAUCUGUUUGAUACAUCUGAAACCUCACAGAGUUCCUUUACAAGUAUUGGUGAGUUUGUCAGUUUGGAUUUAUUAUUGUAUAUUUGUAAAUAUCUGUUAUUUGUGUCUGGAAAUACAUGGCAAUAGGUGCGCUCUAUAAGUUGGAAAAAUAAAUAGGUCUCUCAAUUUUUCUUUCUUGCUUUCCCUAUAUAGGCAAUUCAUAAAUGACAGCUGAUGAGAACUCAUUUCACCCCCCUCCUCCCCUUUCCCCAGCACACAGUUUUAGAACAAACAAGUAUAUGGACAGGUGAAAUGAUUUCCCCCUUCCUCUCCAACACCACUUCCACUACCACAGUUAAUUGGAGACCCAGAAGCCAUAUUUUUUGGCAUAACCCUGAAAAGGAAACAGAAAAUGUCUUCACAUCAACACCACUGUUGCCUGACCUUGAUCCUACCAUUGGCUCCCCUGCUAGUGCCUUGAAUCCUUACUCAUGUAAAGGGCACCUUAGACCCUAGUGCCCUGCCUUUCGCAGGAGAUGGUGAGCAAUCUGACUCUUCUGCAUGUACCAUUGCCAGUAUGCCAUAAGAGCCAUUUAUUCUGGACAGCAGGCAAACUCAUCUCCUUCAUAAUCACCAGUCAUUUGUUUCAGUCAGUGUUUCAGUCACUGGCUUCAUCGUGUCAUUGAGCUUCUAAGAAGCUGGUUUGAUGCCAAUGGUAUCCUCUGUGAGGACCCGGUGGCUAGUAUGCCCAAGGUUGUGAUGAUCUUGAUGAUAAAAAUUCUGUAUGUCAUCCUCACUAAUCACAAAGGUGUAUAAUGGUUUGUGGAUGAGCCUGCAUUUCAGUCAGGUAAUACUAAGUUUUGCUGGGCUCAGAGGGUUACAUGGCAUAUCUGGAGCAAACUUGGCUCUCCUCCUCCUUCUCAAGAUAUACCAUCCUAGCAUGGUCAGAUGUUGUGUUCCCUUAUUUUCUCACGAUAUACCAUCUCCCUUAUCUCCCCACUCUCCCUGCUAGUCUCCUAUUUCCUCUGUCCCAACCCUUCUCCCCAAGGCCCUUAUAGCAACUGUUGCUUGGUUGCUAUCUUGCUGGCUUGCUCUCUAACAGAUUCACUCUCACUCAUUCUCUCCUGCGUGUUUGGUUGUUUAAUCAGAAUGGACUUAUGAUCCCAGGUUUGCAGAACAAAUGAGUGGCUAGACUACUGAAUGGUAAAAAUGGAACCUGCUGACUUAGUCAAGCCUGUGGCUUUUGAAAAUCUAGAUUGAGCAGAUGGUUCCUUAACCGUGUCCUGAUACUACCCUCUUGUAUUAAUCAGGGCAUUUGGGCCUGACUAGCAAGCUGUUCUGAAAAUCCAAGUCCCAAUUAGGCAAUAGCCACUUGCCCUAUGCAAUCUAUUGAAAAUUUUGGCAUAAAUCUUUAGAGAGUGAAAAACACCUAAUCUUAAUGCAAAAUAUUGAAAUUACAUUGUAAUAAUGAAACAAAAGCACGACACAAAGUUUUCUCUAAAUCUCUUGGAUUAAUCAUACUUUAGUAUUUUAAAUUUAAUAAAUUAUACAGAGUAUGGGCCCUAUUUGUAAAGGAGAAACAAAAUGAUUCCUUCUACAAAAAGUCAUGUUUCAAUUUGGAUGCCUGUUUGUAAAUAUUCUCUUUGCUCUUCGACAUUCAGAAUGUGUCUACAGUACACGGAAUGAAUCGCAGAAAAACAUUGUAACACAUUCAUUCAUAAGAUGUUAAAAACAUUUUUGUUUUAUGUGUUAUAUUAAAAUUAAUCAGUGAGAGGGCUAAAAUUUUUGAAAGCAGCCAAAAGACUGUCAGUAUGACAUAGGCUCCUUGCUGCUUGUGAAAGCUUUAUCCUAGACACUUUAAAAUGUUUUAAUUUCACUGUUUCUAAUAACUUAAACCAAAGCACUUAACCUAAUCCAAUUAAUACAAAAUUCCAUCUCCGAGGAAGGUUCAAAGGCAGGCUAGCCAUAAGGUAAAAAUUCAAAAGCCAUUCCACGCAGGAUUCAUCUCCACUCAGGCUUUUCCUUCUCACCUAUGAAGCUGUCUGAUUAUCUUGCCUUGUCCCUGUAACCUGACAUGAUAGCAUAUUUGAUACAUAUGGUAUGAAAGGGGAAAAAACCCACCAUCCUCAACAUCUGUUCUGAAUGUAUAUUUUUUGAAUUGCCAUUUAUGCUCCUUUAUCACAUCAUCGCUUUUGGAAUGAAAAUACAGCUGUUCCUCAAAGCAACACUGUAGUCUGGAUCCCCAAAAAGAAAAACAUGAUGAGUGCUGUACCCUCUUUUUAUUGUCUCUUUGAAGUUUCUGUUUGGAUUAAAUAGACAAGAGGAAUGUUGCUCUCCUCUUUUCAAAAGCUUCUGCCCAUUCAGUUCUGAGGUUGUUCCCAAUCAGACCGUCAUAGUGUUAUUUUUAAUCUGUAUUCCUUUAUCGGGAAAUUCUUUGCUAUGGGCUACUGGAAUCCAUCUCCUAUAUUGGCACUGCUUUUCUCUUCAAAACUAGGUAAACUAGCCUCUUAGGCUUCAAAUCUGCCAUUGAUUACAUGGAAUAUAAUUCAGAUUUUCAUGUAAUUUAAAAAAGUGACAGUAAACAUGCAUUGUUCUGUGCAGACUGCUAUGUGCAACUCAUGUCAGAUUACAUUUACACAAAAAAAAAUCCCAUCCUUGAAAAGAAGUGAAAAUAGUUAAAUAAGCAUGUUGUACAUAUUAUUUGUUGGAAGAACACCCUAAAAAAAAUCCAUCACUGUCAAUAGCUCUGGAUUUACAAGGUUAUUCUCCCUUGGCUCACACAAUGCCAGAGGUGUCCUAUUUUCUCAGAAAAAAAGCAAGCAAACAAUUCAAAAAACAGCCUAUCAUGCUGAGCACUAUUGCCUCAUUGUUUCCUUGUUCUUCCCCACCUGUGGUCUGUAGCCAGUUGUUGUCUCUUGUCUUAAACUUAGAUUGUAAGUUCUUUGGGGCAGGGAUUGUCUUUUUUGUUUUCUGUUGUAUAGCCUCUAGCCCAGUGGAAUCCUAGUCAAUAGCUAGGGCUCAGAGGCACUACAAAAAUACAAAUAAAUAAUAAUAAUCAUGAUCACA